CUCUUGCUGCACACAUUAAAAAAGAACUAAAAAAUAAACCAAGAUUUCUACUUCCAUCAAACAAGAAACACUAUUUGUUUCUUCCAAACUGAACAAGUUUUUGCAUAUAUUCAGGAACCCGCUCUGUUUUUAUUUAAGUUUCUUGUAAUUACAAUACUAAAUAUUCAAUCUUUUUUGUUGGAGAUUGUGAAGAAGAGAAGAAAAAGAGGUGUGAUUAUGGGGAUAUUGUCUGAUGAUUCGGUGUUAAUUAGCCAUUCAGAGAAAGAAGGGGAACCCAGUGUAAUUACUGUCAAUUGUCCAGACAAGACUGGUUUGGGCUGUGAUCUUUGUCGCAUAAUUCUCUUCUUUGGCCUCUCUGUUGUUCGAGUUGAUGUAUCUACGGAUGGGAAAUGGUGCUACAUAGUGUUUUGGGUUGUGAGCAAACCGAGUACAAGAUGGGGUUUGUUGAAAAAGAGAUUGAUGGAGGCAUGCCCUUCUUGUUCUUCAGCUUCUGGAAUUUCAUAUUACUGGGCUGAAUUGCAGCCGCCAACGCCUCCUGAUGUGUUCCUCUUGAAGCUCUCUUGCCAUGACAGAAGGGGCCUUUUACAUGACGUGACAGAGGUUCUUUGCGAGCUUGAGCUUACAAUAAAGCGAGUUAAGAUAUCAACCACUCCAGAUGGGAAAGUUUUGGAUCUCUUCUUCAUAACUGACACAAGGGAACUUUUACAUACUACGGCAAGACAGAAAGACACAUAUGACCAUUUAAAAGCUGUUCUAGGCGAUGAUAUGAUUGCUUGUGACAUAGAGAUUGUGGGUCCUGAAAUUACUGCAUGUUCACAAGAAUCCUCAUUUCUUCCUGAUGCAAUUACGGAAGACAUGUUCAAUGCCGAAAUAAAUGAUGAACACAAAAAUGGAUCCAUGUCCUUCGAAAGUCCAUCUAUCAUGAUUGAUAACUCGUUGAGUCCUGCUCACACACUUGUCCAGAUUAUUUGCCGGGAUCACAAAGGUCUCCUGUAUGGUAUAAUGAGAACUCUCAAGGAUUAUAACAUCCAGAUUUCUUAUGGACGCUUCUCAACUAAAGGUAAACUAUACUGCGAGCUAGACUUGUUUAUCAUGCUAGCAGAUGGUAAGAAAAUAGUUGAUCCCAGCAAACAGAAUGCAUUACUCUCCCGUCUUCAAGUAGAACUUACUCGUCCUCUCAGAGUAGCACUGGUCAGCCGUGGCCCUGAUACUGAGCUGGUAGUUGCAAACCCUGUCGAGUUAUCUGGCAAGGGUCGUCCCCUGGUUUUCUAUGACAUAACUCUUGCUCUCAAGAUGCUCAACAAAGCAAUCUUUUUGGCCGAAAUUGGGAGGUACAUGAUUGGAGAUCGGGAAUGUGAAGUUUACAGAGUUUUACUCGAAGAGGGGGAUGGUUUUACUGCCACAAGGAAACAGAUACAGGAGGCUGUUUGGAAGAUGUUGAUGGGUUGGGAGUUAUAAUGGUUAAAUGUAAAUUUUGCUGGGUUGUGAUGGCACCUCGGCCUGUAUAUGGUUAUUAUACUUUGACCUCGAUCAGCUUCUAUAAUGUACAUAUAUUUACUUUUUAUGUAUGUGGUAAAAAGUUUAGCUUUUUACAAGUUUUACUUC